CCUCUCUCUCUCUCUCUCUCACACACACACACACACACAUACACACACACGUCAGCCUCCCCUGAAAUGCAGGUCAAGCCUCCUGUAGUCCAAUCAACAGCAUUUCGAGUUGUCACUUGCCAUGGAAGGAAGCUGGAGACCACCAUAUCAGAAGAAAUGAGAAUGAGAGAAAUGAGAGCUGUGAAACAGGAUGACGUGACGGGAUGCUAUUCCAUCAGAAACAGGAUGACGUGACGGGAUGCUAUUCCAUCAGAAACAGGAUGACGUGACGGGUUGCUAUUCCGUCAGAAACAGGAUGACGUGACGGGAUGCUAUUCCGUCAGAAACAGGAUGACGUGACGGGAUGCUAUUCCGUCAGAAACAGGAUGACGUGACGGGAUGCUAUUCCAUCAGAAACAGGAUGACGUGACGGGAUGCUAUUCCAUCAGAAACAGGAUGACGUGACGGGAUGCUAUUCCGUCAGAAACAGGAUGGAGCUCCUCUCAUAAGGUGCAACAGCGAUGAAUCUGGAAGAUACACCGAGUGAAAUAAACCAGUCACAACCAGACAAAGUGUAUGAUUCCAUUCACAUGAGGUCCCUAGAGCAGUCAAAUUUGUAGAGACAGAAAGUUGAAUGGCAGGUGUCAGGGACUGGAGAGAGAGGGAUGGAGGGUUAUGUUUAAGGGGACACAGUUACAGUUUGGGAAGAGGAAGAAGUGCUGGGGCUGGGUGGUGGUGGUGGCUGCACAGCACUGUGAAUGCACUUAAAGCCCCUGAACUGUACACUCAGAAAGGCUUGGAAUGGCUAAUUUUAUUUUACAUGUACAUUACCAAAAUUUUUUUAAAAAUUCAUACAAGAGCAGGAAUUUCAGGGCUGCAUCUGUAGUCAUAAAACCAUGGCAUUGGCUGGGCACGGUGGCUCACACCUGUAAUCCCAGCACUUUGGGAGGUUAAGGAGGGUGGAUCACGAGGUCAAGAGAUCGAGACCAUCCUAGCCAACAUGGUGAAACCCAGUUUCUACUAAAAGUAUGAAAAGUAGCUGGGCGUGGUGGCGCAUGCCUAUAGUCCCAACUACUCAGGAGGCUGAGGCAGGAGAAUCACUUGAACCGGGAGGCAGAGAUUGCAGUGAGCCGAGAUCACGCCACUGCACUCCAGCCUGGUGACAGAGCAAAACUCCGUCUCAAAAGGAAAAAAAAAACAAACAAAACCAAACCAUGGCAUUAUCGAGACUCGGAAGCAAUUUCCAGCACGUGGGCCAGGAAACCCGUGACUGGCUUAUCUCUCUGAUCUAAUGGAAACACCAGCAUUUUUUCACCUGUUUUAUUCUUCUCUUCCCGGCUCUGCCAGGCAUCCACACAUCCUGUCGUAAUGAAAGCAGUAAGACUCUUUAAACUCUAGAGGUCAUUUGAGGAAAUCAUGCCUAAAUGUGUAGUUUAGAGCAACGGGUGCUCGUGUCUAUGGCAACUUUCAUCAACUUGUGUUGUUCUGAGUGUCACAGUGGUAUUUGUUCAUCUCUAAAAAAUCUGGACUAUUUCAAGAUGAUUUUUAAAGUUAUUUAUAAGGAGAGAUUGCCUGGCUGCCAAUCUCUCGCACUUCCUGUAAUUCUUGUGGUGAGGCAUAAAUUGCUACUCCUCUCCUAGGGGCGUCUCUGCCACCGGCCUGGCGGGCAUUGGGGCUCCAUCCUGCAGCUCUUUGUCUGUGGAUUCAAGAACCUUCCCAUCAUCUUCUCCCAUGCAGGAGGGAGAUGGCUGCCUUCUGGGACCUCCUGGCCUGCCUCUGACUCUAGGUUGAAAGAAGGUCGGUGAAGGUCCCACCGCAGUGAGACAAUGGGGUGGUCACAGGGAGGCUCCACCCACCAAUGCCCCAAGCCCCAGAAGUCCUGCACAGGAGGCUUCCAGGCCAGAUGAGGUGCCUCUGAUUUUAUUUGUUCAGACAGAUGGUAUGGGAGAGACUCAACCACUUUAUUCGUCAGUUCGUCAGCACUUCCCAAGGGGAUUUUGUUGGUCUUCUCCAAACUCUCGUAAUUCCGGGCCUCCUCAGCCUCACAUUUGCUAGUCUCAGAACAGAGUUAGGGAGGCCUGCUCCUCACAAGCUGGACAGGCAGACUGGAGUGACCGUGCUCACUGCUGGGGUGGCAGUAUUCGGCAUGGUGCGUGGGUGUGUGUGGGUUAACCUGGCUGUGGACUCUGGGUCGAAGGAGGAGGAAGUAGUUCCUAUGGGCUUGGGGCUGGGAAGUCUAAUAAGAAGCAGUGGCGCUGCCUCAACAAGCGGGGUAUUCGGGCAUAGCAGAACCCAAGGGCAUGUGAAGUUGUUCCUGUCAGAAAUGUGAGUCAGCCAGUGGCCAAGCCUGGACUUUGGGCCAAGGUGGAGAGUGGCAGCAAAUCAGGAUCCUGCUGCUGGAAGAGCUGAAGUCCAUGAAAAGGUACUGCACAGGGGGCCUUAUGAGAAUCCGGGGACCAGAACUGGGGUAUAAAGUGGGACUCUUAAUUCUAACAGUAAGACCACAGCUGUGGUGUCACAUGUCACAUGCAGUAUGACAGUCAGGGAUGGAUGAACAGCUCUGGGAGGUACUUGGUAAGUAUUGAUUGGAUGGCUAAAUGGUGGGUAUGUGGGUGGAUGUAUGGACAAUGGAUAGAUGGAUAUGUGGAUGGAUGGAUGGAAGGAUGGACGGACGGACGGAUGGAUGGAUGGACGGGUGGAUGGAUGGGUGGAUGGACGGGCGGACGGACGGACGGACGGACGGACGGAUGGACGGAUGGAUGGAUGGACGGAUGGACGGACAGACGGACGAAUGGACGGAUGGAUGAAUGGAUGGACAGAUGGACAGAUGGAUGGACGGAUGGAUGGACGGAUGGAUGGACGGAUGGGUGGAUAGGUCAGUAAAUUAUAAAAGUAGGCAGAGACGGGAUCAUGAAGGCCCUAUAAGGAAUUUGCACAUAGUAGAAGGUCAUUUGAGGAGUUUGAGCAGGAGAGUGACAAAUGGAGCUGUGUAUUUGAAAGAUCUCUUUGGCUCCAUGUGGAUAACAUGUUGGUGUAGGUACAAGACUGGAAGCAAGAGACUAGCUAGGGAGUUGUUGCAAUGAAAGAAGCUAGUGGCAUAUAAUUAGGUGGGUGGCAAUGAGAUGGAGAGUGUGGGCAGAUUCCACACAUUUUUAGAAAGCCUGAAGAUCAGGAAUCAGUGACUGUUCUUUAGAUGUGUGGGGAAAAAGCAGGAGGGAUCUAGAAUGACCCCCAGUGGGCUGGGCAGCUGGGGGGAUGGUGACAUCUUCUAUCAAGGUAAUGGGAGAAAGGAAGAGGAGGCUAGGGAUGGAUCAUUGUGACUGUCAUGGGCCAGCAGCAUCUUGUGGUAUGGAUCUGUCUGUGAGCCCAUCUGCUUCAGUGGACCUCGGGGAAGACCCUCCAGCUUCCUCACUCCUCCCCUGCACCCCCAGAGCUUAGUACAGUGCCCAGCACCUAGUUGGUUUUCGAAGUUAUUGGACUAAAGAGUGAAUAUAGAGCUGGGAUUAGACAGUCUUUUAGAUCAUUCCGGCUGGGUGCAGUGGCUCAGGCCUGUAAUCCCAGGACUUUGGGAGGCCAAGGUAGGCGGAUCAAGAAGUCAGGAGUUCGAGACCAGCCUGGCCAACAUGAUGAAACCCCGUCUCUACUAAAAACACAAAAAUUAGCUGGGUGUGGUGGUACAUACCUGUAGUCCCAGUUACUUGGGAGGCUGAGGCAGGAGAAUGGCUUGAACCUGAGGAGGUGGAAGUUGCAGUGAGCCAAGAUCGUGCCACUGCACUCCAGCCUUGGCAACAGAGGGAGAUGCCAUCUCAAAAAAAAAAAAAAAUCAUUCCCUGCUUAGUUGUGCUGCUGUAGCAACAUGCACACAUGGGGGUGAGGGGGUGACUUGAGGAACUGGCAGCUCAAUGUGGAGAAGUUUCCAGGGCAGGCAGGUAGAGGUGAAAUGGCCUCUGCGCCUGAUCUCAUACCUGAAGCCUGAGGUAAACAUGCCAGCCAGACUUUGGGCUCAUUGCCCGUGGACACCUGUGUCUCGCUGUCUGCUCUGGGCUCUCCUUUGAGGAGGGCCCUGUCUCAAAACAAAAGUCAUAAACAAUGAAUGCUACGCUUCAAAGGAAGCUAAUGUAUGGAGUCUGUGUCACCUGCCUCCACAGGAAUGGAGUUUGGCAGUGAUCCGAAGACUCACUGUCACAACAUGUCCUCAGGGAAGUAGGUCAUACGUCCCCGGGUUAUUCAGAGAGGCCUCUGAGUGUGAGAUGUUUGGACUGAGCAGGGCUUUCUUUCUCUCAAGGCUCCAAGGGGCAGGCCAUCAGGUCAUUUGGUUUUUCUCUCAAUGAUAUGUUUUUCUUCUCAAGAUUCCUCACCCCUCUCUCUUCCUCUGCUUGUUCCGAGGUAAACGGAUACAGACAUGCAUUCUCUGUUUUAUCCUUCACCAUUGCUAAACCCUGUGGGGUCACUGGCAUUACGGAGUUUUCUUCUGGUCAUACGUGUUGUAGCUCAUGAAGAAAAGGUUGUAAAUCACGUUUUCGAUAUGUUCUGCCUUUGACCUACUACAACUUCGUGGAGUAUCCAUCCGCUAGAGAGCUCUCUGUGGGUCUCUGAGAGGCAUUGGUGUGUGGCUCCAUCUAGCAUCUAAAGGUGAAGAUGCCCAGGAUGAGAUGCAGGAGGAGCACAGCAGAGCGGAGGAGGUGGCUGGAGAACGUUAGGUGCUGUGGGGUCAGUAAGUGCCUGCCAGAGAAGCAUGCAAGAGCUUGUCUUCUGGCUGAAGACAGCAAGGGUGCAGGCUGUGUGGCUUCCUCUUGGAAAUAUUCAUUUCAGAGUCAGGAAGGGGACAGAGCUCCUUCAACAGCAGGUGUGUGAGGGGGGAAUCGGGCAGAGAGUUUCGUGCUGACAGGAGAAAGGGGGAUUUCUCUUUGCUCACUGUAAUUCCGGAAAUAUAUUUGCUUUCCCUUACAAUUCUGAGACAGAAGCAACUCAGGGAGGUCACCAGCUGACCUUCAAAAUGAGACUGUCGAGCUGCUCUUGGUCAGCUUCUAUUGUCAGAGGUCCAGUUUAGAAAGCUUCCACAAACUCUGCACAUUCUCAGCAAACCCACGACAAAAAGCCUUAUUUCCUACACUUUGCUUGUCCUGCCUCAAAGAGAGUUUCAUUUUCUUUCUUUUUUUUUUUGAGACAGAGUUUCACUCUUGUUACCCAGGCUGGAGUGCAAUGGCACAAUCUAGGCUCACCGCAACCUCCACCUCCUGGGUUCAGGCAAUUCUCCUGCCUCAGCCUCCCGAGUAGCUGGGAUUACAGGCAUGUGCCACCAUGCCCAGCUAAUUUUUUGUAUUUUUAGUAGAGACGGGGUUUUACCAUGUUGACCAGGAUGGUCUCGAUCUCUUGACCUCGUGAUCCACCUGCCUCGGCCUGCCAAAGUACUGGGAUUACAGGCUUGAGCCACCGCGAGUUUCAUUUUCUUGAUCCUCUCUCCCAAAGAUGUGGAAACAUCGUGCUCUCCAUUGGGAAAACUGUCCCUGUGACAAAUACAGUGGCAUAAAUGAAAUUACAUUUCUUCCAAUUAGUCCGUAUUCCCACUAAAGGAUAAAUGCAUAAAAUGCACUGAAAUCCUCUAAUGAUUCAAAAUAAAUAUAUGUCUCUAUUUAAUUUAAAUAAGAAAUUAAAUUAUCUAUUUAAUUCAUUUGAAACUCUGCAGCAGUGCCCAAGUACAAAGAGAAAACAUGCAUCAAAAUGCUGGGAGAAUGAAUGGCUAUUCUUGUAUAUACCAUUUCACUGACAUCGAUAACCUACUAUGUGGCUAUCCGUGUAUGUACCAUUCCACUCACGUCGAUAACCUACUAUGUGGCUAUUCGUGUAUGUACCAUUCCACUCACGUCGAUAACCUCCUAUGUGGCUAUUCGUGUAUGUACCAUUCCACUCACGUCGAUAACCUACUAUGUGGCUAUUCUUGUAUAUACCAUUUCACUGACAUCGAUAACCUACUAUGUGGCUAUCCGUGUAUGUACCAUUUCACUCACAUCGAUAACCUACCAUGUGGCUAUCGGUGUAUGUACCAUUUCACUCACAUCGAUAACCUACUAUGUGGCUAUCCGUGUAUGUACCAUUUCACUCACAUCGAUAACCUACUAUGUGGCUAUCCGUGUAUGUACCAUUCCACUCACAUCGAUAACCUACUAUGUGGCUAUCCGUGUAUGUACCAUUCCACUCACAUCGAUAACCUACCAUGUGGCUAUCCGUGUAUUUACCAUUCCACUGACAUCGAUAACCUACUAUGUGGCUAUCCGUGUAUGUACCAUUUCUCUGACAUCGAUAACCUACUAUGUGGCUAUCCGUGUAUGUACCAUUCCACUCACAUCGAUAACCUACCAUGUGGCUAUCCGUGUAUUUACCAUUUCACUCACAUCGAUAACCUACUAUGUGGCUAUCCGUGUAUGUACCAUUUCACUCACAUCGAUAACCUACUAUGUGGCUAUCCGUGUAUGUACCAUUUCACUGACAUUGAUAACCUACUAUGUGACUAUCCAUGUAUAUACCAUUUCACUCACAUCAAUAACCUACCAUGUGGCUAUCCGUGUAUUUACCAUUCCACUGACAUCGAUAACCUACUAUGUGGCUAUCCGUGUAUGUACCAUUUCACUGACAUCGAUAACCUACCAUGUGGCUAUCCGUGUAUGUACCAUUUCACUCACAUCGAUAACCUGCUAUGUGGCCAAUUCUGUUUAAGGCCCUAGGAAGAAAAAGAACUCUCUGCCUUCAUUUUGGAGCCAAUAAUUAAGGAUAUAAGCACAAGGAUGUUUAUGAGGGCAAAAAAAAUAAAACACUGCAUUUGAAAUGGCAAGGCCUGUCAACAGGGAAAGGUUGAAAAGAGAUUGAUUCUGCAUCUGCAUUAGGGAGCAGUCUGCAGCCCCUGGAAGGUAUUCAUCAGGCCUUGAGGGUUGGCGGGGAGGGAUUCCUGCCACGCGCUGGUAAGAGAGAAUGAGACACACUUGCAUAUUGCACCCAUGCGUGCUCGCUUGUCUGUAAUUGUGGGUACAGGGUGUGCACAGUCACACUGCAGGUCACAAAGAUAGCACAGAAGCACAGAGUGAAAGUGGGGACAGAAAAGGGGAGGAGUAAGAGAAAAAGAAACAGUCACGGGCAUGGAGGCUCAUGCCUGUGAUCCCAGCACUUUGAGAGGCCGAGGUGGAAGGAUCACUUGAGCCCAGGAGUUUGAGACCAACCUGGAGAACAUCAUGAGAUCCUGGCCCUACUAAAAAUAAAGCCAGACGUGAUGGCAUGAUGGCUUGUGCCUGUAGUCCCAGCUACUUGGGAGGUUGGGGCAGGAGGAUCCCUCGAGCUCAGGAGGUUGAAGCUACUGUGAGCCAUGAUUGUGCCAGUACACUCCAGCUUAGACAGCAGAAGGAGACCCCAUCUGCUAAAAAAAAAAAAAAAAAAAAAAGCUAUAUGUUUCAAAAUAUCAUGCAUAGUGUGAUUUGUAUAAAAUUGCAUAUGCACAGAGAAGGGUUUACGUCAGAUACGGCUACUAAAAUGUUACAGCACUUCAGUUUUGCUUUAAAAAAAUACUGUUGUGGCUUGUUCAAUUGUUUUUAUAACAAGCAUUUUACAGUGAUCACAUUUACUUCGUGGUUGGAAAGAGGUUAUAUGGAAAAUUAAAUAAGUGUAGAUUUUAAAACAAAAUAAAUAAAAGUUCUCAAAGCUAUCUGCUUUUAAAGUGGGCCAGACUCACCUGCAUUCAAAAGCUCCUCUCCUAGGAAAACCUCCCCUGAACUGUCUCCUUCAACUCUUAGGAAAUAGUGCUGAGGUGUUGCCAUACCCUGAGGCCCGUUCUCCCCUGUGCUGUGUGUUAGAAGUCUGUCUCUCGUUCUAAAGAAUUCAGGUUUGUCCUGUGGGUUUACAUUUUAUUUAUCUCUGAAUGCUUACAUCCUCUGAUGCCUCACAUUCUACCUUGCCUUUGGACAAAUUUUCACAGCAUUUAAGAGGUAUGCUCUUUAAAAGGUAUGUUCUUACAUAUUUUUUCUAUGCCUGGCUAUUCUGCCAUAUGUUGGAGGCCUCCUUUCCCUGGACCACUCCAUGACCACCCGAGGGACCCACAGCAUGCCAGAGCAUCACCCGCCAUGUUCUUUUAUGGAAGGGAUCUGGACUGGAACACAUGAGCUCGAGAAAAAUCCUGCACUUAAAAUUCAGUCUGCAAGCUGAACUGGCAUUGUCCUGCCGUGUGAUGGGCAAAGACUAUAGCCUUCACUUUCCCUCGGUCCACCAUGGAGCCCCUGUGUCCACUCCUGCUGGCGGGUUUUAGCUUGCCGCUCACCAGGGCUCUCCGGGGCAACGAGACCGCUGCUGACAGCAACGAGACCACCACGACCUCAGGCCCUCCGGACCCAGGUGGCUCCCAGCCGCUGCUGGCCUGGCUCCUCCUGCCUCUGCUGCUCCUCCUCCUCAUCCUCCUUCUCGCCGCCUACUUCUUCAGGUUCAGGAAGCAGAGGAAAGCUGUGGUCAGCGCCAGCGACAAGAAGAUGCCCAACGGAAUCUUGGAGGAACAAGAGCAGCAAAGGGUGAUGCUACUCAGCAGGUCACCCUCGGGGCCCAAGAAGUACUUUCCCAUCCCUGUGGAGCACCUGGAGGAGGAGAUCCGCAUCAGAUCCGCCGACGACUGCAAGCAGUUUCGGGAGGAGUUCAACUCAUUACCUUCUGGACACAUACAAGGAACUUUUGAACUGGCAAAUAAAGAAGAAAACAGAGACAAAAACAGAUACCCCAACAUCCUUCCCAAUGAUCAUUCGAGGGUGAUUCUGAGCCAAGUGGAUGGAAUUCCCUGUUCAGACUACAUCAAUGCUUCCUACAUAGAUGGUUACAAAGAGAAGAAUAAAUUCAUAGCAGCUCAAGGCCCCAAACAGGAAACUGUUAAUGACUUCUGGAGAAUGAUCUGGGAGCAAAAGUCUGCGACCAUCGUCAUGUUAACGAACUUGAAAGAAAGGAAAGAGGAAAAAUGCCAUCAGUACUGGCCCGACCAAGGCUGUUGGACCUAUGGAAACAUCCGGGUGUGCGUGGAGGACUGCGUGGUUUUGGUCGACUACACCAUCCGGAAGUUCUGCAUACAGCCACAGCUUCCUGAAGGCUGCAAAGCCCCCAGGCUGGUCUCGCAGCUGCACUUCACCAGCUGGCCUGACUUCGGAGUGCCUUUUACCCCCAUUGGAAUGCUGAAGUUCCUCAAAAAAGUGAAGACGCUCAACCCCAUUCAUGCUGGGCCCAUCGUGGUCCACUGUAGCGCGGGUGUGGGCCGGACAGGCACCUUCAUUGUGAUCGACGCCAUGAUGGCCAUGAUGCACGCAGAGCAGAAGGUGGAUGUGUUUGAAUUUGUGUCUCGAAUCCGUAAUCAGCGCCCUCAGAUGGUUCAAACAGAUAUGCAGUACACAUUCAUCUACCAAGCCUUACUCGAGUACUACCUCUACGGGGACACAGAGCUGGAUGUGUCCUCCCUGGAGAAGCACCUGCAGACCCUGCCCGGCACCAGCACCCACUUUGACAAGAUUGGGCUGGAGGAGGAGUUCAGGAAAUUGACAAAUGUCCGGAUCAUGAAGGAGAACAUGAGGACUGGCAACUUGCCGGCAAACAUGAAGAAGGCCAGGGUCAUCCAGAUCAUCCCGUAUGACUUCAAUCGAGUGAUCCUCUCCAUGAAAAGGGGUCAAGAAUACACAGACUACAUCAACGCGUCCUUCAUAGACGGCUACCGACAGAAGGACUAUUUCAUCGCCACCCAGGGGCCACUGGCACACACGGUGGAGGACUUCUGGAGGAUGAUCUGGGAGUGGAAGUCCCACACUAUUGUGAUGCUGACAGAGGUACAGGAGAGAGAGCAGGAUAAGUGCUACCAGUACUGGCCGACGGAGGGUUCAGUUACUCAUGGAGAGAUGACUGUUGAGAUAAAGAGUGACACCCUUUCUGAAGCCAUCAGUAUACGAGACUUCCUGGUCACUUUCAAUCAGCCCCAGGCCCGCCAGGAGGAGCAGGUCCGAGUAGUACGUCAGUUCCACUUCCACGGCUGGCCUGAGAUCGGGAUCCCCGCUGAGGGCAAAGGUAUGAUUGACCUCAUUGCAGCCGUACAGAAGCAGCAGCAGCAGACGGGCAACCACCCCAUCACCGUGCACUGCAGUGCCGGAGCUGGGCGGACAGGUACAUUCAUAGCGCUCAGCAACAUUUUGGAGAGAGUAAAAGCCGAGGGACUUUUAGAUGUAUUUCAAGCUGUGAAGAGUUUACGACUUCAGAGACCACAUAUGGUGCAAACCCUGGAACAGUAUGAAUUCUGCUACAAAGUGGUACAAGAUUUUAUUGAUAUAUUUUCUGAUUAUGCUAAUUUCAAAUGAAGAUUCCUGCCUUAAAAUAUUUUUUAAUUUAAUGGUCAGUAUAUUUUGUAAAAAUCAUGUUAAUUUAUUUCAUAGUUGACAUCAAUAUCUUCCCUAAUUUCUUUGUACAUAUUCUGUUAUGCCUUAAAAACCACCUGCUAUAAAGUUGUUAAAUCAUAAAUAUGCUUUUUUAAAAUUGGAGUAAUGUAUUAAGGUCAAAUAAUAUCCCAUAAAAUAUAUAUUUCCGCUAAUAUUAGUAAAUAUCUUAAUUUUUCAUUAGAUUCAUAUCAUUUACUUUCUCACAUUCAACGCCUCUAAAUGUUGUCAUCAUAAUAUGCAAAGUGUGCCUCUGCGAGAUACUAACCACAAAGCUCACAUUAAGGAAACAGUUGAGGACUCAGAAGUCAGCUGAAAAUGCGCUUUCCCAACACUCAUUUCGCAACCCUGAGCAACAGCAUUUUUGGAAGGCAAAUUGUCGUGACGAUACGAUGUAAAUGAGGACUUUUGUAAAGUUCUCAGUCUCAGCCCAUGCGGUUUAUCUUUACAUUUUAAAGAUCAAAGAAGUCUUUACCACCUGAAUCCAGGUCUCAAACACACUAGAGUCGCUGACGACUUUACAGUAAUAUUUAAAAAUGCAUUUACUCAAGAUUGUGUCUACACCGUCUUGGCUGGAUGAGAAGAGAUGUCAGUGCUGGGUCGUCCCGUUGACCAUGGUCUUGAGUACAACAAAGUCAGCCGGAGCUGCACUCUGAAGCACCACCUGCUGUCCAGCUGCCUGUCUGUUUGGCCCAGACAACCCUCAGAGAAUCAAACCAGCUGCCUCUCCCACUCUUCCCUCCCAUUCUGCCACAGUGGCCUGUGCUGGUCCAGAGCUACACCUGGAGGCUCAACACGAAGCCACCUCCCAUCCAAAGGAUCAGAUGAACAGAGCAUCUUACGUACGCAGUACAGAGGAGCACACACUGGGAUCGAAACAGUAGAAUAACCACAGGCCACUAAACUUUACAUUUUCUGAGCAGCAUUUUGGUAUUUAAACAUUUCUUGUAAAAAGCUAAGAUUGUUUGUAAGAAAGGAAUCCUUAAAAUCUAGAUUUAUACCAUUUUUUAAAGUCCCACCUUUCAGUGUUUAAUAAAAGAAAAAAGAAAUCCUUAAUCUAAAAGCUAAAUUAUUUUUGAAUGGAAAUACUACUGAGACCAUUGACACUGGACAAUAAUAAUGAUCCCAUUGCCAGAUAGGACUGGCCGAUGGGGGAGAAAGGAUAGGAUGUGAAUGUCUCAACAUGGAGUUUCACAGCAGUUACCUUUCUAUGGCUGCUAGGUACCCAGCAGACGAGCACAAUAUAAACAGGAAGUUAUCUGGCCUACCUUACUACUAAAAGCAUUUAACACGUGCAAUUUUUGGCACAUCUUUUUUUUUUAAAAGCUAUUAAAGGCCUUCUUUGACAUCUUCCCUGAUAAACAGUCACACCCUCGUGUUGCAGUGCUCAUCCCCUAUUCGUGAUGGUGUGUGCAAAUGCAACCCCAGGACACAUUGUUGUCAUAGGCUCACAGGGAAUCAAGCUUCUUGCCCACUCCACGGCUCCGGGCCCCAUCCAAGGGCAAGACUUGGUGCCCAGCUGGAAGGAUGCAAGCACACUUUGUGACUGCCAUCCUCACCAGCUGCAUGUCUAGGCUGCACUGCUGAAUGUGCUCCUCUCUCAUUCUCUGUACAAUGAUUCGGCAUCUCGGUGGAAGAGGAAAAGGGAGCUUUUUGAGGCUUGCCAGGUCUCUUUCGUUUUCAUCAUUAAAAUUCCAAACCCAAUGCCUUUUAUCGACUGAAGGAGAAGAGAGGGAAAUAAGCUUCCAUUCAGCACCUGAACCCUAGAAACAGAGCCAGCUUGCUACGAUGAGGGUGGUGGUACUCUGGUAAUUCAUGUGAGAGUUCAGAGUCAAAGUCAAGGGGCACAGGCUUUGGUUCAUGUCUAGGAGCCCUCGUCAGAACCUGGAACCCUUUAAUGGUCUAACUGGCAUCUCUUGUAUCAAGAAGUACCUUUAAGGUAGACCUUUUCAGGGCGCCCUCAGGAAAGAGCCCUGCUCGUGGUUUUUCCUGUCCCUUUAGACCAACCCCAGGUGUCUGCUGCAGGGGUUCUGCCUAUUCCCAAACCGUUUCCAUUCCAGAAACAAAGCAGAAGCCACUUCCCCAGGUUGCAGGACUCUCCCUGUUGCCGCCCGGGGCAGCAUUUGCCUUUUAGAGGGGCCGGUCAUUACAGCCUCGUGGCCUCUACCGAGGCCCCUGGUCACACCAUCUCCUGGGCCUUAGAGCAACUCAUGCUGCGAGGAAUCAAUCCCUGGGGGACUCCAUACCAUCUCCGUGCAACCUGGAAAGGUAAUCUCUUCUUUCCUUCAGUCAAAGAAAGUCCACUGUACGUAACAGAACAGCCCCGAACAGCCCAGUGCUGACACCGGUGUUCCUUUCACCUUUUCCUCUGUUGCAUGCAGUUAGUUGCGUUCAGAUGCCAAAUAGUGAUUAGAAGCUGACCAUUCUGAUCUGUGUGAUACUGGUCACCGUGUGACUGCCUUUACGGUUUCUCUCCAUGUGCUCUAUGAAUGAAGAAUGCAUAGCAGUGUUUUAAAAGGUAUUUUUAUGUGUUUUUAAACACUUUUUAAAAUGAGCCUGACACCUGUGUUUCAGCAUUUGGAGACAUACCCAUGUUAUUCUUUUAAGUGUAUGAUUACUGAUAUUUUUUGUUUGUUCAACUAAGUUGUGUUUAAUUUAUGUGCCAUCUUUAUAAUAUAUGUAUGUUAUUACAGUUUCAACUGUCAUAUUUUCUUCGAUUACAUUUAUCAUUUGAUCUUGCUCUGAUUAUAAUGCCAGUGAAUGUUGCUGAAUUCUUUGUAUAUGCAAAUUGCAAGGUUUAAACCAUUCUGACGCAAGGAUAAACCUUUACUUUGACUACCA